AUGGAGCAAAGCACAACUCCUGACCGCCGGCGCAGAGGCGACGCACCUGCCCCGCCGCCUUACAUUGUGGAAUCGAUUACCGCGCACACCCACAGCUUCAUUCUCCUCCAUGGCCUUGGCUCCAACGGCGAAAAGUUUGGCCGCGAGAUGAUGGCACACUGGAAAGAACUCCGACGGCCGUCUUCUCAGCACAAUAUUUCCUGGCGCACGCUUCGUCUUCCUCACGGCUCGAUGGCGGCGGUCGUCGGCCUUUCGGCGGGCUAUGCUCACGCAGUGGUUUGA